ACGAUUAACUAGUUACAUUCAUUUUGCGUUUUACCUUUUUUUUUUAAUCUUCCUUAUGUCAAACAUUUGGAUAAAUCACGUAAAAUUGAUUGAGAAUGAUCAUCACUCGAUUGUUAUGUAAUUGUCUUGCAAUGAAAUUAAUAUCAACAAUUUAACAUUCAUCUAGUUAAUCAAUUGUUCUAGUUUUUGUGGGCAACAAUUUUACUCGUUGUUGUCCAUUAGUCAACCUUUUUACAACUUUUAUUAUUAAUAUUAUUAUAAAAUUAUAUUCACAAUUAUCAUUUAUUGCUGUGUUUUUUGUUUUAUUUUAUUUUCCAAUCAAACUUAAUUUUAUUUGGUUUUCCGUUAUUUGCACAAUUCAUCUAUACAAAUUGCUAUUGUUGUUAAUCAUUGAGUUAUUUCACUCCAAUCAGUUGAUUAUACAUUUCAACUUUCAUCCAUCCAAGUAUCAAGCAACAAAAUUGUUCACUUAAUUAGGAAUUGCGGUGUUACCAUAACUGGAACCAGUUAACACCCAAUUAAAAUCAUUGCAAAUGCUGCAAUUAAAAUUGUUUAUAUUAUCAUGUGUAAUAACUCUUGUAUACUCGCAAGUAUUGUUGCCUUCUUAUAGUAAUUAUAACAAUACAAAAGGACGAUGUGCCGAGUGUGUAGGUGAUAAAUGCCGAUGUGUAGGACAAAAAGGAGCUCGAGGUGUACCCGGACCUCAGGGAGAAAAGGGUUCACAGGGUGAAAGAGGUUAUCCAGGAUCUUAUGGACCACAAGGGGACAAAGGAGACAAAGGUGAUCUUGGACCAGCAGGAACAAGGGGACUAAAAGGUGAACCAGGAUUAACCGGAAUGCCAGGAUUUCCUGGAACCGAUGGUUUGAUGGGAUCACAAGGUCUUCCUGGACCUAAAGGAUUACAAGGACCUCCUGGAUGUAAUGGUACCAAUGGUAGUAUGGGUCCUGCUGGUGACAUUGGGUUACCAGGGCCAAAAGGUAUGCCUGGUCCAGCCGGAGAUACUGGACCGAAAGGUGAACCUGCUUACGGUGUUCCUGGUACUAAAGGUAUAAAAGGUGAACCUGGUCGUGAUGGACGACAAGGUGAUAAGGGAAGACAAGGACCUGAAGGACGACCUGGACCAAAAGGAGAAAUGGGUUUAAUGGGUCCAAUGGGGUAUAAAGGUGAUAGAGGUUAUCCUGGACCAAAAGGUGAACGUGGCAUAUCCAUAACAGGAUCAAUGGGACCACCAGGAGAUAAAGGAGAGAAAGGAUUGCCUGGACCUGCCUGUGAUCGCUAUGAUGGACAAGAUCGUCCUCCGACCACAUUUAUCGGACCAAAGGGUGAAAAAGGAGAUAAAGGAAACAAGGGCGAAACUGGUGACAAGGGUGACAUUGGACCUGAAGGUUUACCCGGAGCUCCAGGUUUCAAUGGUUUAGUGGGUGAAAAAGGAGAUAAAGGUUCGAUUGGUCCACAAGGGCCACCAGGAAAAGUUGGUUACCCAGGUCAAAUUGGAGCUCCUGGUCACAAAGGUGAUAUGGGUGUUGCGGGACUGCCUGGCUUAGAAGGAUUACCUGGACCAAGAGGAAUAAAGGGAGAUAAAGGUUUUCCUGGACUACCUGGAGCAGUUGGUGCUCCUGGUGCUCCUGGUGGUAUUGAAGGAAGAGCGGGUCCAGUCGGAGAUCAAGGUCCACCAGGACCACGAGGACCUCCUGGAUCACCAGGAUUGGAUGGCCCGCGUGGACAAUUAGGUCCCAAAGGUUCGCCUGGUCCAAUGGGUGGACCUGGUGCACCAGGUCCUUCAGGUUUACACGGUACUCCUGGUGCUAAAGGACAGAAAGGUAAUCAAGGAAUGGAUGGUACUCCGGGUAAAAAAGGUGAUUCAGGAGCUCAAGGUCCACAAGGACAGAAGGGUGAACCUGGACCGAAAGGACAUGCAGGAAGAUCGAUUAUUGGUCCACCAGGACGUGAUGGUACCGAUGGAUCUCCUGGUGUCCCUGGAGUCAAAGGAGACAAAGGAUCAAAGGGUGAAAGAGGAAUACCAGGAGAUGCUUUAUUAGGUAUCUCUGGUCCACCAGGAGAUCAGGGACCUAAAGGUGACCGAGGUUACCCAGGAAUGCCUGGAAACCCAGGACGGGAUGGAGACAAGGGUGACAAAGGAGAUUCAGGAAAAUUGUGUCCAACUUGUUAUCCAGGUACAAAGGGUCAAAAGGGAGAGCUUGGUCCGGCUGGUGAUCCUGGUAUUCCUGGACGAGAUGGAAAUGAGGGUAAAAUGGGUGAAAUGGGAAUACCUGGAGAACCUGGUCCAAUAGGUAUCCCUGGACCUCCUGGUGCUAAUGGAGAAUCUGGUAUGCCAGGAAGAGAUGGAGAAAAAGGUGACAAAGGAGAACCUCGUAAACUGGAGCUUGCUGAUAUGCCAGUUGGACCUAAAGGAGAUAUUGGUCCUCCUGGAACUCCUGGUAGACCAGGUAGAGAUGGAGAACCUGGUAAAGAUGGUACACCAGGAACACCAGGAGCAAAGGGUGCCAAGGGUGAUAAAGGAUUGCCCGGUUUCCCUGGUUUACAAGGAAUUGUCGGUUUUACCGGUCCAGUUGGAGAGAAAGGUUCAAGAGGAGAUAAAGGAAAUUCUGGUGAGAAAGGAGACAAGGGAAAUCUUGGCCCAGAAGGUAAGAAAGGAAGCACCGGUAUCAAAGGAGAACCAGGUAAAAUUCCGACAGCCGAAGAGUUGAAAACGAUGCCUCCAGGUCCACCCGGUGAAAAGGGUACAAAGGGUGAGAAGGGAGAAACUGGCCCUUCAGGACUAAUGGGUCGAGAUGGUGUUAGAGGAGACAUGGGACCGCCUGGAUUAAAUGGUGAACCUGGUGUCAAUGGAGCUCCUGGAGCUCCUGGUGAACAAGGUUCACCUGGUGAAAAGGGUGACAAAGGAGAUAAAGGUUUAGGAGGAUUGCAAGGAGUUCCUGGAUACAAAGGAGAUCGAGGUAUUCCUGGUGAUAACGGAAAAACUGGACCUAAGGGUGACAAAGGUGAACCUGGUUAUGGCAUACCAGGAGCACCCGGUCUCAUCGGAUUGCAAGGUUUAAAGGGAGACAAAGGAAAUCCUGGAUUCAAAGGAUUCAUCGGACCAAUGGGUCCACCAGGUUAUCCUGGAGAUAAGGGAGACAUUGGACCACCAGGACCUCCAGGUCCAUUUGGAUAUCAAGGUGAAAAAGGAGAUUUGGGACCUCCAGGUUUGCUUGGAAUUGAUGGAACACCAGGAACUCCUGGUGCUAAAGGAGAUCGCGGUCCUAAAGGUGAUAUUGGAAUGCCUGGUUCUCCUGGUUAUCCUGGUUGGAAAGGGGCGAAAGGAGAUAAAGGUAUCAGAGGAAAUGAUGGAAGAGACGGUCAACCAGGUCCUCCUGGUGUUAAUGGCACUAACGGAGUUAACGGUGUCGAUGGUCCACCAGGGAAAAAGGGAGAUAAAGGACAACCUGGUUACGCUGGACUUCCAGGGCUUCCUGGUCCAACUGGAUUACCCGGUUAUCCUGGACCCAAAGGAAUUGAAGGUCUGCCUGGACCAAAAGGAGACAUUGGAUAUCCAGGAACACAAGGAUUCAAAGGAGAACCUGGUUUAAGUGGAUUACCUGGAGAUAAAGGUGAUAUCGGACCUCAAGGUCCACCAGGACCUCCGGGACCAAUGGGUCCAAUGGGUCAAAGAGGUGACAAAGGAGAACCUGGACCUCGUGGUAUCGGCUUUCCUGGUGAAAUGGGUGAGGUUGGUAAACCUGGUAAACCAGGAGAACCUUGUCGUGAAGGAUUCCCUGGUCCUAAAGGAUUUGAUGGACUUCCAGGUUUGCCUGGAUUAAAAGGUGACAAAGGAUUCCCUGGUCCAGCUGGAGAUACUGGUCCUGCUGGUUUUAUUGGUCCAUUGGGUCAACAGGGAGACAAGGGUGACCGAGGUCCUCCUGGUCAAACCGUAUAUCUAUCCAAUCCAGGAUACGAUGGUUUACCUGGACUUGAAGGUCCAAAAGGAGAUCGUGGUUUCCCUGGAGUACCUGGUGAAAAGGGAGAUAAAGGAAAUCAAGGUAGAAACGGUGGUAAUGGGUUGCCCGGUCCAAUCGGUGUAAAAGGUGAUCAGGGAGAUCCUGGUCCAAUGGGAAUUCCUGGAGCUCCUGGAUUACCAGGAUUUGGGUCUCGUGGUGAUAAAGGAGAACCUGGUCCUCCUGGUGAUCGUGGUCUUCCUGGUGUAUCAGGAAAAGAUGGAAUUCCCGGUACUCCUGGUUACAAAGGUGCCCAAGGCUAUCCUGGAGUUAAAGGAGAUAAAGGAAAUAAAGGAGGUCAAGGUCCACCUGGAUUUGGUGGAAUGCCUGGACUACCUGGUCCACAAGGUCCAAAAGGUGACAUCGGAUUGACAGGACCAAAAGGAGACAAAGGAUUCCCUGGUAUACCGGCAAUUCCUGGACUUAAGGGAAUGACUGGUAUUCAAGGACCUCCUGGACCUCGUGGAUCUUAUGGUGACAAAGGUGACAAGGGUGAUGUUGGACCUCAAGGACCACCUGGAGAUUACAUUUUAGCUGAUUCUCUUAAGGGUGAUCGUGGUUUCCCUGGUGCUCCUGGAGAACCUGGAGAUCGAGGCUUACCUGGGUUAAAGGGUGAACCUGGAUUACCUGGUUUCCCUGGACAAAAAGGAGAACGUGGAUUCCCAGGACCUCCAGGACCAGAAGGAAAAGCCGGAAGACCUGGUGAUAAAGGAAUGAGAGGGCCUCCUGGACGUGACGGAUUACAGGGUCAAGCUGGUUAUCCUGGUGACAUUGGACCACCAGGUCCUGUCGGUAUGCCUGGACCAGAUUACUUGACGGGUAUUCUGUUGGUUAGACACUCUCAGGACAUCAAACCACCAACGUGUCCUAAAAACAUGGAGAAACUUUGGGAUGGUUACAGUUUACUCUAUAUUGAAGGAAAUGAACGUGCCCAUGGUCAAGAUCUCGGUUUUGCGGGUUCAUGUUUAAAACGUUUCAGUACAAUGCCUUUCCUAUUCUGUGGCCUUAAUCAAGCUUGUUCAUAUGCCUCUCGAAAUGAUAAAUCAUUUUGGUUAUCAACUAAUAAACCCAUUCCGCUGAGACCGGUCAAAGAGGAUGCUAUACAAGAUUUUAUUAGCCGUUGUGUUGUUUGUGAGUCCCCGGCCAAUGUGAUGGCUGUUCAUUCCCAGACUGAAAUUUACCCUGAAUGUCCUAAUGGCUGGAGUUCAUUGUGGGUAGGUUAUUCAUUUGUAAUGGCUAGAGGUGAAGGUGGUGGCCAAUCUCUUUCUUCACCGGGAAGUUGCCUUGAAGAUUUCAGAGCCGCACCAUUCAUUGAGUGUAGUGGAGCUCGAGGUACAUGUUAUUAUUUUGGUAAUCAAUUGUCUUUCUGGUUGGCGACAAUCAAUGAGACAACACAAUUUGAGAAGCCUGAAGGAGGAACAUUUAAAAAGGAACAUUUACGAUCCAAAAUAAGUAGAUGUUCCGUUUGUAUAAGAGAUCUGCCUAAUUGAUGAAUCCAUUUGUUUUAUCAAAUUAAAAAUGAUAAUCAAGCCAUUUCAAAAUGAUAAUAAAUUUUCCAAUUAAUUAGAUUGAAA